UUCCUUCCUCCUCCGUUUUAUCUUCGGCCCCUUUCUCUCAUUCUCUCUUAUCUCCUCCGGUAGAAUAACCAUGGCGUCGACCACCGAUUUCACCAAGUCUUUUCUAUCUACUUUCUCCCAACAUGGCUUUAAUUCCCAGAGAGGAAGUAGUAGAAACAACAAGAAGUUGUCAUGGCCAAAUCAGCACAAGCCCAGAAGGUCUCUUCGUGUGAAUGGAUUGUUCGGAGGUGGAAACAACAAAGAUAAUACUGAGGAUGGACAGUCAAAGGCAGGAGGAAUCUUUGGUAAUAUGCAGAAUAUGUAUGAGACUGUCAAGAAAGCUCAAAUGGUUGUUCAAGUUGAGGCUGUUCGUGUUCAAAAAGAGUUAGCUGCAGCAGAGUUUGAUGGUUAUUGUGAAGGCGAGCUUGUCAAGGUUACGUUAUCAGGCAACCAGCAACCAAUCCGUACUGAUAUAACUGAGGCAGCAAUGGAGUUAGGCUCCGAGAAACUUUCACUGUUGGUCACGGAGGCUUACAAGGAUGCACACGCCAAGAGUGUUGUGGCUAUGAAAGAAAGAAUGAGUGACCUUGCGCAGAGCUUAGGCAUGCCGCCGGGUCUAAGCGAAGGAAUGAAGUAAGAAACUGUUGUUGUUUGUCACAUUUUCUCUUUAUGGAAUCAGAUAUUUGUUUCAGUCAGGCAGAAGCAAAGAUCUCUGUACUAUUCUCUUUAUGGAAUCAGAUAUUUGUUUC